AUGAUACACAUAUUGUUACUGGUUAUGUGUUUGGUGACCAUUAUUACUGGUCACAGAGAUCAUGGUAUGCAGAGUGGAUUGAAAGAAGAUUUGGAAUUGGAGAGGCAAUUAAACAUCCUUAACAAGCCUCCUAUAAAGAGUAUUCAUACAAAGUCAGGAUAUAUAAUUGAUUGUGUUGACAUUAACAAACAACCUGCUUUUAAUCAUCCUUUGUUAAAAAAUCACAAAUUACAGAGAAAAUCAAUUUUUGAAAGAAACAUUAGUGAAACUAGAGGUCAGAAUUCACGAAUCAAGUCAAAAUUCAUAUUUGAAAAAGUUAGGUGUCCUGAAGAAACUGUUCCUAUUCGGAGGACAACGAAAAAUGAUUUAAUUCAAAAAAAAUCUUUAUUCAAUAUUCAUAAUCAAACUCAAAAUGAAUCUCUUAAUCAUUUUGCUCGUGUGUAUCUUUCAAGAAUUGGUGCUCCUUAUUAUGGAGUAAGUGGAACUACUAGUGUUUGGAAUCUAAAUGUUUAUAAAGGUCAAUCAAGCGCAAGUCAUUUAUAUGUUAAAAGAGGAGAAGGAGAUAACAUUGACAAAAUCUCAAUCGGAUGGCAUGUGUUUCCCGAAUUAUAUAAUGACAACCAAACACAUUUAUACUUGUUUUGGAUGUCAGGUAAAAAUUGA